AUGGCACCUUCAAAAGAACCUGCGUCCGUGUCUGCUCCGGUACACACCAACACGGACGCCAGCAAAACUGUCGUCCGCGGCGCCUCCCUCCUCAUCAUCCUCCAAAUCGCCUCCCGCGCAGUCACCUUUAUUGCAAACCAGCUUCUCCUCCGCUUCUUGACGGCCCGCCUUCUCGGCGUCUCGACACAACUAGAGGUCUACUACCUUUCGGUGCUCUUCUUCGCCCGAGAAUCCCUUCGCGUUGCCGUCCAGCGCCAGGAAACCCAAGGCAAUGCCACACGUCAUUCCUCCAACAACAAAAAAGAUGACGACCCAAGAGCUCGUAUAGGUCGAGAAAGCCAGGCUGUCAUCAACUUGGGCUACCUCGCCGUCCUUCUAGGCUUUUUUGUCACCAUCGGCCUCGGAUGGUUGUACCUCUCCUCCGUCGACUCGUCCACCGCCCAGACGCCAAACUUCCUCCUCGCCCUCCGCCUCUACGCCCUGGCCGCUAUCCUUGAACUUCUCUCGGAACCUUGCUUCGUUCUUAUGCAGACUCGCCUUCGAUUCGGCACCCGCGCCACGGCCGAGUCCAUCGCGACUUUCCUCCGGUGCACCGUUACCUUUGCUACCGCCUUUUGGGCCUCUAGGGCUGGCGUCGAGUUCGGCGUGCUCCCAUUCGCCGUCGGUCAGCUCUUCUAUGGCGCAACUCUGCUGGUAGUCUAUCUCUCGUCCGCAUCUCGCCUCGCCCGUGCAGAUGGCUUCUCUCUCCUUCCAAAGAGCCUCGCUUCCACAUCGAGUGGCGGACGAGAGGACUACCUCGCCUCCUACUUUUACCGUCCCACCGUCAGUCUAGCCUCCAGCAUGACAGCCCAGAGCCUCGUCAAGCACAUUCUCACGCAAGGCGACACCUUUCUCGUCUCGGUCCUGUCCACCCCCAAAUCGCAGGGCGUCUACGCGCUGGCCAGCAACUACGGAGGCCUCCUGGCCCGUCUCGUCCUCCAGCCCAUUGAGGAGAGUAGCCGCAGCUACUUCAGCCGUCUGCUCUCCUCCCAUGACGCAAAGACCAAAUCGUCACCGGCCACCAAGGACACAGCAGCGACAACCACGGCAAGCCAGCAUCUUCACACUCUCCUCAAAUUCUACAUCCUCCUCUCCUCAAUCAUCGUGAGCAUCGGCCCCGUCGCCGCGCCCCCGCUUCUCUCACUCGUAGCAGGCCAACGCUGGGCCUCCGAGGGCGCAGGCGACGUCCUGGCCGUCUACUGCUACUACCUGCCCCUCCUCGCACUCAACGGCGUAUCCGAGUCCUUUGUCGCCUCCGUCGCUUCCGAGGCCCAGGUCCACCGCCAGUCCGCCUGGAUGGGCGCCUUCUCCGUCGCCUUUGGCUCGGCCGCCUUCUUUUUCAUGCGCGUCAUGGACCUCGGCGCCCAGGGCCUCGUCUACGCAAACUGCAUCAACAUGCUGUGCCGCAUCGUGUGGAGCCUCGCCUUCACCAAAUCGUACUUUGCAGGGUUGGAAACGCCGUUUGAACUCUUUUCGCUGCGGCCUAACGCCGUCACCUCUAUCGUCUGUCUAUCGGCGCCGCACCUCAUCAGGAGGGUCGCCGGUCUUGCCUCGGCGGGCGUGUCUACUUCCCCGUUCAAGGACAUCAUCGCCAUCGGUCUAGCCGCCGUUCCCGUCGUACUUUUGAUACUCUUUGCCGAACGCAGGUUCCUCCUGCAAUGUUACAACUCGGCACGCAAGCCGAAAGCAGCGUAG